GGAGCUGGGUCUAAACCAGGUCUGAAGAAUGAUUUAUACCUUCCCUGCUGGGACUCUGCUUAACUCUGGAGAACUGGUUGACUAAUGGGAACGUUAGGCUUUGUAGCAAGACUAGACAUUGGGCUCAAGUCCUGACUCUUACCAACACAAUCUUAGACAACCCACUAGAGCUUUCAGUCUGUUUUCCAGAAGCCAAGCAGGAUCACAGGGCUGACUCAUUACUAGUGUGGCCAGCCAGAAAGGUGCUGCUGCCGCCUCCACUUGAGACCAGGUCGCAGUCAGGACUGUCCACCCGGCGGCCUCUCGGAGCAGAAGUGUGAACUCAGCUUGUUCCAGAGCUUUCCCACCAUGAUUUCCAAGAAGAUGGUGAAUUCUGUGGAAGGGUGUGCUGAUGAUGCCCUGGCUGGGUUAGUGGCCUCGAACCCUGACCUGCAGCUCCUGCAAGGGCACCGUGUGGCCCUGCGUUCUGACCUGGACAGCCUCAAGGGCCGAGUAGCACUUCUGUCAGGUGGAGGCUCAGGCCAUGAGCCUGCCCAUGCCGGUUUUAUCGGGAAAGGAAUGCUGACUGGUGUCAUCGCGGGGUCUGUGUUUGCCUCUCCUCCUGUGGGCAGCAUCCUGGCAGCCAUUAGAGCUGUGGCCCAGGCAGGCACAGCUGGCACCCUCCUCAUUGUGAAGAACUACACUGGGGAUCGGCUCAACUUUGGACUCGCCAUGGAGCAGGCGAAGGCCGAGGCCAUCUCUGUGGAGAUGGUGGUAGUUGAGGAUGACAGCGCCUUCACUGUCCUGAAGAAGGCAGGCCGGCGUGGCCUGUGCGGCACAGUGCUUAUCCACAAGGUGGCAGGUGCUCUGGCUGAGGAAGGUAUGGGGCUGGAGGAGAUCACAAAGAGGGUGAGCGUGAUCGCCAAGACCAUGGGUACCCUGGGGGUGAGCUUGUCUUCCUGCAGUGUCCCUGGUGCCACACGCACCUUUGAGCUUGCAGCUGAUGAAAUGGAGCUAGGCCUGGGGAUCCAUGGGGAAGCUGGUGUUCGUCGGAUAAAGAUAGCACCUGUUGAUCAGAUUGUCACUCUCAUGCUUGACCACAUGACAAACACCUCCAAUAUAUCCCAUGUGUCUGUACCAUCAGGCUCUUCAGUGGUGCUGAUAGUCAACAAUCUGGGUGGCCUGUCUUUCCUGGAACUGGGCAUCCUAGCUGAAGCUGCCAUACGCUUGCUGGAGGGCCGUGGGGUGAAGGUUGAGCGUGCCCUGGUGGGCACCUUCAUGUCAGCGCUUGAGAUGCGUGGUGUUUCCCUCACUCUGAUGCUUGUGGAUGAGGCCCUGCUGAAGCUAAUAGAUGCUGAAACUACUGCAAAAGCCUGGCCUCACGUGGCCAAGGUCUCCGUGACUGGAAGGAAGCGGAUUCGGGCAGCUCCCACAGAACCUCCAGAGAUCCCUGAAGCCACCGCAGCAGGAGGUGUAACAUCAGAGCAGAUUAUACGCGUGCUGGAUCGGGUAUGCACCACCCUCGUCGGUCUGGAGGAGCACCUGAACGCCUUGGAUAGGGCUGCUGGUGAUGGGGACUGCGGCUCUACCCAUAGCCGUGCUGCCAAAGCCAUUCAGGGCUGGCUAAAGGAAAGCCCAACUCUAACCAGCCCUGCCCAGGUACUCUCCAAAUUGGCUGUCCUGCUGCUGGAGAGGAUGGGAGGCUCAUCUGGGGCGCUCUAUGGCCUGUUCCUGACUGCAGCUGCCCAGCCUCUCAAGGCCAAGACUGACCUCCCAACCUGGUCUGCUGCCAUGGAUGCCGGCCUAGAGGCCAUGCAGAAGUAUGGAAAGGCUGCACCAGGAGACAGGACAAUGCUGGAUUCCCUGUGGGCAGCAGCACAGGAGCUCCAUGCCUGGAAGAGCCCAGGGGCCAGUCUCCUCCCAGUCCUGACUCAAGCAGUCAAGAGUGCUGAAGCUGCAGCCGAGGCCACCAAGAGCAUGGAAGCGGGUGCUGGGAGAGCUAGUUACAUCAGCUCUGCACGACUAGAUCAGCCAGACCCUGGAGCGGUCGCAGCUGCUGCCAUCUUCCGCGCCAUCCUGGAGGUCUUGCAGACGCAGGGAGCAUGACUGCUUUUCUCCUCCUCUGCUCCUGUAUGUGACUUCCUCUUGCCUUCAGAUGGUCGCCUCCCCCUCCCCCUAACACCCAUUCUCUGCAUGGAGCAGGACAUCCAUACCUCCAGAGCUGUUCCAUGAAGAUAGGAUCUGGUCGGGUGGGCCACAUGCCUGGGCAGCACCCAUCUUUCCUCCUCAGGAAGAGGAGUCCCUCAGAUCUUGUCCGCCCCACCCUAACCAGCUCUGGAUGUAAUGAUUUGGCUUUUCCUGAGUACAACACAGCUCUAACGGGGCAUACCCAUUUGGUUUCAAGAUUCCAGGCCCCUUCCUCUGGAAGGCCUCCUAUACCCAGUCAGUGUAUGACAGAAAGCUAAUAAAAUCCAUUGAAGCCAUAGGACUUUA